AGAAGAAAUACACGUGUUUCCGGUGUUUCCUCUUCAUCCUGCAUGUGAAGGAGCUUCUUGUAAAUAAUAAAUUGUAUUCAGUUCAGCGAAAGGUGUAAAAAAUGGUUCGUAAAUUAAAGCACCACGAACAGAAGUUGUUGAAGAAGGUGGACUUCAUCAACUGGGAGGUGGACAACAACUUACACGAGGUCAAAGUACUGAGGAAGUACCACAUCGAGAAGAGGGAGGACUACACCAAGUACAACAAGUUGAGUCGUAACAUCAGAGAUCUCGCCCAGAAGAUCAGAGACCUGGAUGAGAAAGAUGGCUUCAGAGCUCAGAGCACUCAUCAGCUGCUGGAAAAACUGUACAGUAUUGGUCUCAUGCCCACCAAACAGAAUCUGUCCCUGACAGAGAAAGUCACAGCGUCUUCAUUCUGCAGGAGGCGGCUGCCCAGCAUCAUGCUGAACCUCCGUAUGGCUCAGAACCUGAAGACCGCCAUCACCUUCAUCGAACAAGGACAUGUGCGCGUUGGCCCAGAGAUCGUCACAGACCCAGCAUUCCUCGUCACAAGAAAUAUGGAAGAUUUUGUCACUUGGGUCGACUCCUCCAAGAUCAAGCAGCAUGUCAUGAAUUAUAAUGAUGAGAGGGACGACUUUGAUAUGGUGGCGUAAGUCUGUGGUCUAACAUCCAUUCAUCGGCCUGGAGGACAGGAAAGGGACAAGAAGUCUGCUCUUGUAACUGUUGCGUGAACAACUCUACAACCCAAGAGUCAGCAGUUUGAAUCUUCUGUCAACUUGGAAAUUGUGGGAAGAAAAUAAGCGCUCACACCUCCGCAACAAUAACUUAAGUUUCAUCUGAGCAAGGGCAGAAGGAGCUUUACCGAACACCUCUCAUCUAUUGACAGUUAACCAUCCAAAAUAAUCUGGAUUCAUCUGACUGUAAUCAGGCCUGUGAGUGUCUCCUGCUCAUCCCACCAGCUGCACAAGAGCACAGAGUCUCCGUUGUUUCCUUUCCAACAUUGGCCAUCAUCAUCCUGGUUGUACAGAGUCGUGUAGUUCCUUCUCCUAUAACUCACUGUUGUUUGCUCUGCAUAAUGUGUUCUUUGUGUGACCAUGAGCUGGCUUCACAGGCUAUGUAUACAUGAUGGAAAUACUGGUUUAUAAGUGUGUAUAUACCAUAAAGAGGACUGUCGCUGUCUGUUCAUGAUAUUAACAUAACUUAUUACACGGCUUUGUUGAAUACUCGAUUCUGAUUGGUCAAUCACGGCGUUACACGGUCUGUUAUUUCUUUAAAGCAGACCGCCGCUAUGUAUAACAGACCGUUGCUAUGGCCGCAGUUCUGAUUUCGGACACUGGAGGACCAUUUUUCUGUCAAAUUGCUGAUGAUUUAAGUAAGUAGCCGUGUAAUAAGCGGGAUAAUGUACAGGUAGAAGGUCAUUGUUGUGAAAUAAACUCAUUCAGGGUGAUGCAAGAUCCCAACAAUGACUGGCUGGCUGUACAUUUUCCCUUAAUUGUGUAAUAAAUACAGAUGUAAAAUAGAAAUUACAAUUUGAUAAAUAUUUAAUAUUUUCAAUAAGACUUUGUUACAAUGUAAACUUUGUGAACAAUAAACAUUCUUUUGUCACAGUA